AUGGCUCCCAGAAAUGGCUCUUUUGUGACUGAAUUCAUUCUGAUGGGGUUAACGGAUCGAGCAGAUCUCCAGCUUCCCUUGUUCAUACUGUUUCUAAUAAUGUAUAUAGUCACGAUGUUGGGAAAUUUGGGUUUGAUAACUCUGAUUUGGUUGAAUUCACACCUCCAUACACCCAUGUACUUUUUCCUCUUUAAUUUGUCCUUUAUUGAUCUCUGCUAUUCUUCUGUGUUUACACCAAAAAUGCUGAUUAACUUUAUAGCAGAGAAAAAUUUUAUCUCCUACAUAGGGUGUAUGACCCAGCUUUAUUUUUUGUGUUUUUUUGGCAUUUCUGAGUGCUAUGUCCUGACAUCAAUGGCCUACGAUCGCUAUGUGGCCAUCUGUAACCCUCUCACAUACAACAUUGCCAUGUCUCCUAAGGUGUGUUCCAGCCUUAUGUUUGGUUCCUACCUGGUGGCAUUUUCUGAUGCCAUGGCUCACACAGGAUGCAUGCUGAGACUGACCUUCUGUGAUGCCAAUAACAUCAACCAUUAUUAUUGUGACAUCCUUCCUCUGCUUGAGCUUUCCUGCACAGGCACCUAUGUCAAUGAACUGGUAGUUUUCAUCGUGGUGGGCAUCAAUGUUAUUGUGCCCACUGUCACUAUCUUCAUCUCUUAUGGCUUCAUCAUUUCCAGCAUCCUCCGCAUUAGCUCCAAAGAUGGCAGGUCCAAAGCCUUCAGCACCUGCAGCUCCCACAUCAUGGCUGUUUCUCUCUUCUUUGGAUCAGGUGCAUUUAUGUAUCUCAGGCCCUCUUCUGCUGGGUCUAUGGAUCAGGGAAAAAUCUCUUCUAUCUUUUAUACUAAUACAGUUCCCUUGAUGAACCCUUUAAUUUAUAGCUUGAGGAACAAAGAUGUUAAAUUUGCUUUGAAGAAAACCAUACAUAGAAGAAAGUUUUGA